CAGAGGGAGUCAGCUUAGGAAGGUUGCUGUUAAUGUUCUGAGGAAGUUGAAGAGUAACCUAAUGGAGGGGCAGGACAAAACAUACCAGACUUGGCACAGAGACUACAGCAACUUUCGUAAAUUGGUAACUCUGUUUGUUAGUGGGGUAGAGAGAUUCCACAAUGAAAGAUACCAGGAAGCAUUACCCUAUCUAACAAAUGCUUGCAAUCUCAAUGAGAAGUUGGCUGGAAAAAAAUUGGACAAAAAUCGUGGGCUGGAGCAACGACUGUUAGCCUAUUAUCGUCGUCAGUGUUUGUUGAAUUUAAAUAAAGUUGCAGCAUCUCAGUUUGGGUCAGAUGACCUGAAAGUUGCUACUGAUGCUUUGGUGUUGUUGAAUGACUGUUUGGUUCCAAGCAUGGCUUUUCUGACAAUGGAUUCUUCUUAUCAAGAAGACAAAGCUGCAGCAGAAGAAAUUAGAGGGUUUUGGUGUUCCAAGCUUGGAGAAGACAUCCAGGAUGAAAAACAGCAACAACUUCAGGACUUUUUGGGAAAGCUUUUGGAUCCUAGUGAUGAACAGAGUUUACGAGCUACGGCACCAAUACCUCGGUUACAUGACUUAGAGGCAGAAUUUCAUUCUGCCAUGAAAUUAGCUGUUGAAAGGGGACAUUUAGAAACUGCUCUACGAGGCAAAUGACACGCAGUUGGUUAGAACUGUAUGAUUCUGUGGUGCAAAAAAUGUUUGUAUAGAUGAGUGGCUGUUUCUCAGUGAACUUAAUAAUGUACGAAUGAAGGCAGCAUCUUGGCUUAAGAUCAUUUGUGAGCAAUUAGUGAUAAUUGGAUUAUCAAACUUGAAAAAACAACAGUCACCUUUCUUUUUUUGUGACAAAGUAAAGCAUGGCUGCUUAUGUAGAGAUCUUGUAAUAAAUUAAACAACCCUUAUUUUUUAAGACUUUAACAUUUGACAUCAUCAACUGAAUUAGAUUUUUGUUAGGAUUAUUUGAGUAUGCAGUUACAUAGGUAUAAACCAGAAGUUUUAAAUCAAUAAAUGUUUUAUUCUCUUGUUUAUUCGCUAUUUUUAUGCGACUUUGUUGUUGAUGAAAGACAAGUCUGUAGCUGAGUGAAAGAUACGAUAGCAAUCAGUGAAUAGUAACCUUUAACAGUGUUAGUAGUGCAUUCUACUAACCACUGAGUUGGUUUUAAUUUAAAUGACCGGCUCUUUCCAGUGUUAAAUGUUGACACAUACAUCAAAAAGACCUUUUUGCUUGUAUGAACUGAUUAAGAUUUAUUUUUUAACCUUUAAAAAGGGAGAUCACAGUAUUAGAUGCUACAUGAAUUUUUAAUGAAGGACUUAGUGUCAGCCAAAUUGAAAAAAUACAAACUUAAACAGUAAGUCGUGCUUAUAACCAAUAACAAAGGUUACUCAUAGCAAAGUAACAGUUUAUGACUGUUAAUGAAGACAAAAUCUUAGCAUUACAAGGCAUAGAAAAUAAAGUUAUAUCACUAAAAGUUCUUGAUUGUAAUAUUCUUGUCUAUUAUCUGAAAAGUAUUUAAUCCAUUUCAUGUAGCACUGCUGAUUUCACUUGCCCUUAGUCUAGUAUCCAUACAUUGUACAAUAAAUGCUUGGUGUUAAAAAUGAAAUAAAAGAAAUGCUAUCUAA